AUGUCAUCUCGAUCGACAUCUGACAUCGUUGCCUCGGGCUACAACACCUGCCACGCCGACUACACUGCGGUACGUUCGCAAGACACAGCCCCUGAGCUAUGCCUUUUGACCACGCGUCUACCAUCGAAAGCCACCAUCCUGGACAUUGGCUGUGGCUCUGGCGUACCCGUCGCGUCCUCACUUACUUCCCAAGGCUUCCACGUCACCGGUUUCGACAUCUCGGCCUCCCAGAUUGCGCAAGCAAAGAUCAACGUGCCCGCUGCUACAUUCUUCUGCGCAGACAUGCUCUCAGCUACUGCAGAAGAGACACUAGCCCCAUCAAGUUUCGAUGCCGUGGUCGCAAUGUUCUCGAUCUUCCAUACACCGCGGGAGCAGCAUGGCACCGUGCUUGAUCGUAUUGCAGCGUGGCUGAGACCCGGUGGAUACUUAUUGAUGACGACUGUUGCAGGGUCCACGGACGACCAAGUGCCAGCGUCGAGGAGUUCCGCUCUCGUGGGUGAGGUCGUCCAGCCCUCAGCGAAGCACUUCUACGGUGUGGACAUGUACUGGAGUAGCCAUGAGGAUGAAUGGUAUCGCCAAGAACUCCAGUCCAGGGGGGUUCAGAUACUCGCCCAAAAGGCUGUCGUUGCUGGUCAUGAACUUGAGUUCAAGUUUGCAGACAGCACGGUCGACGAGGGCAAGGCGAAACAUCCUCUGCUGUUUGCGAAAAAAGCUCCUGGUGCUAGCCUUCACUAA